AGUAGGAGCCUCGCGCGGUGCGCGCUCACGCACGCGCACGGCCUCGCCUGCGCGCUCACGAGGCCUCUCGCGGCACGCGCCCCCGCCCCGCGCCGCCCCGCCCCGCCCCGCCUCUUCCCCCUCCCGCGCGCCCGCCCGCCGCCUGCCGCCGCCGCCGCCGCCGGAGCUCUGUAGUAUGGCAUCGAGGAGAAUGGAGACCAAACCUGUGAUAACCUGUCUCAAAACCCUCCUCAUCAUCUACUCCUUCGUCUUCUGGAUCACUGGGGUGAUCCUGCUGGCUGUUGGAGUCUGGGGCAAACUUACUCUGGGCACCUAUAUCUCCCUUAUUGCUGAGAACUCCACAAAUGCUCCCUAUGUGCUCAUCGGAACUGGCACCACUAUCGUUGUCUUUGGCCUGUUUGGAUGCUUUGCUACAUGUCGUGGUAGCCCAUGGAUGCUGAAACUGUAUGCCAUGUUUCUGUCCCUGGUGUUCCUGGCUGAGCUCGUAGCUGGCAUUUCAGGGUUUGUGUUUCGUCAUGAGAUCAAGGACACCUUCCUGAGGACUUACACGGAUGCUAUGCAGAAUUACAAUGGCAAUGAUGAGAGGAGCCGGGCAGUGGACCAUGUGCAGCGCAGCCUGAGCUGCUGUGGCGUGCAGAACUACACCAACUGGAGCACCAGCCCCUACUUCCUGGAGCAUGGCAUCCCCCCCAGCUGCUGCAUGAACGAAACUGAUUGUAAUCCCCAGGAUCUACACAAUCUGACUGUGGCCGCCACCAAAGUUAACCAGAAGGGUUGUUAUGAUCUGGUAACUAGUUUCAUGGAGACUAACAUGGGAAUCAUCGCUGGAGUGGCGUUUGGAAUCGCAUUCUCCCAGUUAAUUGGCAUGCUGCUGGCCUGCUGUCUGUCCCGGUUCAUCACGGCCAAUCAGUAUGAGAUGGUGUAAGGAGAAGUCUUUCAAGAACGAUGGAAUAAGAGACCUGUUUUAAAAAGGAACUGCAGCAAUCUUUGAAAGACUUCCAAAGAAUGUUAGAGCACAGUACAUAAUACACCUGCCCUGCUCCCUCUAUCCCUUAUCCCCCAACGUGCAACUGACACUCCCACCCAGUCUCUGCUCCACCUUUCAGCCCACGUCACGUGUAGUGUCCAUUUUGUGAAGCCCUGUUGUGCCACAGAGUGUAGCCAGGUCCCCCUGCAGCUAGUCCUAGUGAACCUCACCCUGAGGCCCUGCAUGGGCCAGCCCCUCCAUCUGUACUUGGUCCAACUGCAACUCAUCAUUGGUGACUGGUUAUCACACCAUCGCUGGCCCCUUUGGGCCCUGCAUGUAGUGUGGGAGGCUCCUGUUAGCUCCUCACUGUGGUAAAUGCCACACACCUUUAAGUAGAUAAGCAGACGAUAGUUAUCUGUUCUUUUGACUUAAUCUCAUUUGGUUUGAUUUUCCCUCUACUAAGGCUUUCCUACCUUCUUCAGGCUGCCUAAGACAUGUAAAGAAACACAUCGGUAAUUGUCCAUGAGGAGAAAAAAAAGCAUGUGUCAUGCAUGAAGGAAACUGAGCUUUAGGUGGCCUCCUUGCUUGUUACAUACCUGGGUAUGUGUAGGCAGUUUAGUGCAUCUUUGCCUCUCAGUUGAAACCUGUAUAAUCCUGUUACAAAGCUGUGUUGUUGCUUCUUGUGAAGGCCAUGAUAUUUUGUUUUUCCCCAAUUAAUUGCUAUUGUGUUAUUUUCCUACUUCUCUCUGUAUUUUUUUUCUUGCAUUGACAUUAUAGACAUUGAGGACCUCAUCAAAACAAUUCAAAAAUGAGUGUGAAGGGGGAACAAGUCAAAAUAUUUUUAAAAGAUCUUCAAAAAUAAUGCCUCUGUCUAGCAUGCCAACAAGAAUGCAUUGAUAUUGUGAACAUUUGUGAUAUAUGUAUUAAUAAAUAGAGCAAUUACAAGCA